GGCCGAGAGGGCCACUCCAGGACGCUACUUUCCAGCGUCCCAAGCAUCGGGCAUUUAUCGGUGCCUCCUACCUAACACCCUUGCCAACGCCUUUGGAUGCGUGCUGCCGUUGCGAACCACUGGGUCGGCGUAUCGCCUCUAUCCUGCAGAGCCAAAAGCGCUUCAGCGAGCCUUUCACCACCACAACCAUGGAGUGCUACGAAAAGAUCGGGCCUAUUGGCGAAGGGACCUAUGGAAUCGUCAUGAAGUGCCGCCACAGGGACACGGGGCAGAUCGUGGCUAUCAAAAAGUUCAAGGAAAGCGAAGACGACCUGCAGAUCCGGAAAACGGCUCUGCGAGAAGUCCGCAUGCUCAAGCAACUCAAAAACGAAAACAUUGUGAAUCUACUGGAAGUCUUUCGGAGAAAGGGGAAGCUCUACCUGGUCUUUGAGCAUGUCGACCACACAAUACUCGAGGAUCUGGAUCGAAAUCCACACGGCUUGAGUGACGACCGAUCGCUGGGGUUGGUUCGGAAGUGCAUGUGGCAGUUGCUGAAGGCGAUGGAAUAUCUCCACUCUCACAACGUCAUCCACAGAGACAUCAAGCCCGAGAACAUCCUGGUUUCGUCGCUUGGAGUCGUCAAGCUCUGCGACUUUGGCUUUGCGCGGACUCUGGCCGGUCCGGGGGCCAAGUACACCGACUACGUUGCCACGCGCUGGUAUCGUGCUCCAGAAUUGUUGGUUGGAGACACCGAAUACGGCAAGGCGGUGGAUGUCUGGGCAACGGGCUGCAUCUUUGCCGAGAUUCUGACGGGGCAGCCGCUGUUCCCAGGCGACACAGACCUCGACCAGCUCUAUCGUAUCAUGAAGUGCCUCGGUCCGCUUACAAAACGCCACAUGGAAAUCUUUCUGAGAAACCCGCUGUUUGUGGGUGUGCGACUUCCCGAGAUCACCAAGAUCACUCCGCUGGAGACCCGUCUGCCCCAUGUCUCGCCCGAUGCGCUGCAGUGGCUACAUCAAUGCCUGAUCUAUGAUCCAGACCAGCGAUCGACGACAAAGCAGUUGAUGGCACACCCAUACUUCCAGUCCGAUGGAUUUGCCGAGCGGUUUGAAGUCGAACUCCGACACUGGAUUGAUAUGGAGAAGGAGAAAGAAUUGACCGAACGCAACAAGCGAAAAAAGGCCAAAAAGGGGUCAAAUCCGAGUCACCACGACUCGACCCGACAGCUGCAGUCGAGACGGGACUCCCGAGACGCACGCCUGCCCCUGGAGGAUAUCGAGAACAACAAGCGGUAUGCUGAAGACGAAAAAUUCGCCGGCAACGCAUCGUCCAUACCGCCUAUUCACGGCACCACCAAGGCGACCUCGCACAGCUUCUCCAAUGCCAACGCCGCCAACUCGAGCCUCAUCGGAAACGGCAUGGUUGGCGUCGGCGGCGUUGGCGGUCAGGGGAUCAUGGGAGCCAGCGGCAGCUACAGCACCAGCAUCACCAUCAGCGGCGGUAGCGUUUCGUCGACCGUGACCGGCGGGGGACUCAUGAAAGGCAUGAUGCCCACGACUGCCGGCGGAGGUGGCGGCGGAGCCAACACCAAGAAGGGCCAGCCGCCCGUAUCGUUCCCCAAGAUUGCCACUUCUGGAUUUGGAAACCAAGGCGGAGGCGGCGGUGGUGGUGGGGGCGGAAUGCUUGUCAAAGGAGGUGGAAUCGGGGGCGGCGUUGGAGGAAUGUCGGGAUACGGCGCGAUGAGCAACAACAGCUCGAACGAGUGAACGACUCUCGCCCGCGCCUGCGCUCGUGGACGCCCAUUGAAUCAACCGCAGGGUUUGUGCAGACCUUCCAGCCCAUAUCCAAAUGCAAGCCAACUGGGACGUCCAUAGAAGCGGGAGCCGGAGCAGCCUCGACCAUGUACAAGACUCGACUGGACAAGGCGGGAAGCAAACCUCUGUCGCAUGGAAGAUGUGGAUCGCUGUUGCCGGGGCUGUCGCUCGAGAAGAGCAGAGUCCGGCCGGCGAGUGGGGCGCAUUGCUGAUUUUGUUUCUGUUCGAAACACAUUGCCGGUGUCCUCAAUACAGGAGAGGUCCGGA